UGCGUUGAAUACACCACAAGUUUCUGAGGACAAAUUGUGCAUUUUUUCAGUAAAUUUUUCAUUGAAUCAUCGAUAGGAAUCGUUCAAAUAGUAGGAAAGGCAACUGUAGCAAUAAAAAUGGCCUUUGUUACAAACGACGUAUCAAUCAGCGACGAACCAAGAGAGCUCCUAUUCGACAAGCACGUAGAGUACAUUGCCAACCACGGUAACGAUAAAAAUGACUAUGAAUACUGCAUGACGGAAUUUCUCCGUAUGUCCGGUAUCUACUGGGGCGUGACGGGACUGGAUCUGAUGUACAAGUUAGAACGUGUAAACCGACAGGAGAUUGUCGAUUUUAUUAAGAAGUGCCAGUGUCCGGUUGGUGGGGGAAUUUCUGCCUGCGAAGGUCACGAUCCACACCUGCUGUACACUUUGAGUGCGGUGCAGAUUCUGUGUAUCUACGACUGUCUGGAGGAAAUCGACACGGAAGCCAUCGCCCGGUACGUCAGUUCAUUGCAGCAGCUGGACGGUAGCUUCUUCGGGGAUAAAUGGGGCGAGGUCGAUACGCGAUUCUCGUUCUGUGCCGUGGCAAUUCUCAGCCUGAUUAACAAAAUGGAUGUUAUCGACUUGGAGAAGGCUGUCAACUUCGUCAUGUCCUGCUGCAACUCAGACGGAGGUUUCGGUUCGAAACCAAACGCAGAGAGCCAUGCCGGACUUAUCUAUUGUUGUGUGGGAUUUCUUUCGAUUACCGAUCAGUUGCAUCGACUGGAUGGCGAGAAGCUGGCCUGGUGGUUAUGCGAACGUCAGUUGCCAAGCGGGGGAUUGAAUGGAAGGCCGGAAAAGCUACCGGAUGUCUGCUAUUCCUGGUGGGUGCUGGCAUCACUGACCAUCAUGGGUCGGUUGCAUUGGAUUAGUGCGGAGAAGCUUGAGAAGUUUAUCCUCUCCUGUCAGGAUGCCGAAACGGGAGGAUUCUCGGAUCGUACCGGUAACAUGCCCGACAUUUUCCACACUCUUUUUGGUUUGGGAGCACUUUCACUGCUCGGGGAUGAUAGAUUACGAAAGGUGAAUCCCACUUUCUGCAUGCCACAGUAUGUGAUUGAUCGUUGCAACGUUAAACCCAAAAUGAUCGCCCUGUGAGAGGCUGGUUUGGUUUAAACACAGACAUUUUAUUAUUUUAAUAGUUUCUAGUACAUCUACAACAGCAAUGGUUCCAUUAAGUUUGUUAAGACAAGCGUUGUUUUGUGGAUGAA